UUCAAAAUCCUUCUGACACCCAAAGCGAGACUUCGAACUUUCAAACUAUUGUGCCAAUGCCCGUCGCCUGGCAGGAUACCUAAAUUUUUUGUUGUCGUUUUUGUUGUUGUUAUUUAUCUGAAAGAACUGUUUAUAGAAAAAAAAAAAAGAUGAAUCUCCGUUCUUCAAAAAAAAUUUUAGCGAUUGCCCUAUUCUGUACUAUAGCCAUAACACAAAUUCACAGCCAAGUCACAACGUGGAAUAUCAGAAAGCCAAGUGACGCACUUCCAGUUCCAUCAUAUGGAUACUUCGCCACAGGAAGGGAGAAAGAUAUUCCAGACUUACCGCCAUAUUUAGACGAUCACCGAGCUCAAGAUUUACAAGCCGUAUAUGGACCUCAUUUACCAAGAGAAUGUCCUAUGAAACGGGAGAUACUAGAUCCUCGUAAUAUUGAAGCCACACGUAAAGAAAUUGAGGAAUGCAGUGAACAAAUUAUUUCCUGCUAUUACGCCGAAUAUAAUAAAUACAGAACUAUCGAUGGAAGCUGCAACAAUUUAAAGCAUCCUACCUGGGGUAAAUCAGAUAACUGUCUGAGAAGAGUAUUGCCUUUCGAUUAUGCAGACAAAAUAUCAUUUCCACGAGUGUCAUGCAAAAACAAACCGCUGCCAAACCCUCGAUUGGUAUCAAACGUAUUUCACAAAGAACUAAAGCCCAAACCUGAUGGACUGACAACGCAUUUCAUGGAGUGGGGUCAGAUGCUUGCCCAUGAUUUAUCACUUAAUGACAUCUUUAGAACUCCAGAAUCCGGAUUCAAUGAAGCCAUACCAUGUUGCAUUCCCGGCCCGCAUAUCAGUGAUACAUGUUAUUCCAUUCCUGUACCUCCCAAAGAUCCAUUUUAUCCUAAAUUUGGACAGACUUGCAUAAAUUAUGCCAGAACAGUGCCAUGCCAUCGUUGCAGAGCAGGACAACGAGUUCACUGGAACCAAAACACUGCGUAUCACGACCUUUCUCUAGUAUAUGCUAGUACAGAAGAAGAGGCUCAGAAGCUUAGAAGUGGAAUUCACGGUAUGUUGGAUGUGGAAUAUAAUCGUAAAUCCGGACCUAUGCCACCAACUGUGCAUGUUGAAGAAUUGUGCAUCUCACCACCUCGCGAGAAGAGCUGCUAUAAAACAGGGGAUAUGAGAGCAAAUCAAAAUCCUUUCUUACUUACUGUACAUACCUAUUUAUUAAGACACCAUAACUUCAUUUGCCAAGAACUUCAUGAAAUCAACCCUCACUGGGAUGAUGAGAAACUCUAUCAAGAAGCACGGCGUAUCAAUAUCGCUGUAGCCCAGUACAUCACAUAUGGUCACUAUCUGCCAAAUGUCUUGGGAGAAAUCAUGCAAAAAGAAGGGAUUAAUAUUCUCCCAGGAGCAAAAUAUACGCAGUAUGAUCCAGAGCUGGAUGCUAGCAUUGCAGAUGAGUACGCCACAUGGGCCGCACGAUAUGGUCAUACGCUCGUUCCCGGACGCAUAUCAGAAAUUGAUCCCAAAACUGAAUCAAAAGAUACUGUCUGGCUACGAGAUUUUUACUACACUCCAUUUGGAUUCAGGUAUGGACAAUAUGACAAAGUUGCAAAGGGGAUGACUGUUGAUAGGAAGAUGAAACAUGAUGUGUUCUUAAGUGAUGAUGUACGAAACUACCUGUACAGGCGACUAUACUUAAAUGAAUCAGCUGGUCUGGAUUUGGCCGCCGCCAGUAUUGUAAGAGGCAGAGACCACGGAAUUCCAGGUUACACGUACUAUGUUGCCUAUUUCUUCAACAUCACUAUUCAUGAUUUUAACGACUUGAGGAAACUACUUCCCGAUAAAUCUGUGGACCUCUUGGAGGAGCUCUUUGAAUCUGUACAUGAUGUGGAUGUUUACUCAGCGGGAUUGGCAGAGUACUACGUACCAGGAGGAUUUGUUGGACCCACAUUUGGUGCUGUUUUAGGACAACAAUACAAAAGACUCAAAUUUGGUGACAGAUACUGGUUUGAACAUGCUCAUCAAGCAGGAUCCUUCACACCAGAACAACUAGUUGAGAUUAAAAGAUCUACAUUAGCCAGAAUACUCUGCGAAACAACAAGGAUAACAGAGAUACAGAUGGAACCAUUCCGACCUCCAUCAUCAGAUAAUCCUAUUGUUCCUUGUGAAAAAAUACACAGGUUUAAUUUUUACCUCUGGAAGGAAUAAACUGCCAAAAAGUGUG